UCACCUCGCAUGUCAUCACUACUCACGACUGUCAAAGUUUGUUUUCAUUUUUCUAAUUUAGCAGAAAAUAUAAAAAUAAUUACUUAAUUUGUCCAUAAUUACCAUAAAUACAUCAGUAAUUAAUAAUAGUACCACAUCAUCUUUUAACCAGUCAGCAAAAUUAAGUGAUCGAAUCGCAUUUAAGGACGGAAUAAUGGCAUACACCCUGGUCUUCGAGUGGAUAGAUGAGUACGAAUCCCUUAUCGAAAGCGAAAUUCAUACUUACGCCACCGAACAGGAGCAUAACCAUGAAGUUAUGAUCGCCCUGUAUAAUAUCCUGGCUGAGCCUCAAAAGUACAAAACGGAUAACCUUAUCGAUAGUAUAUGCCAGCAGCUUCUUAACUUCUACAGGUCUGGGGAGCCUCAACUAAGGAAAUUUGCCAUCCAAUACAUUCCAGCAUUGAUUUUUUUACAUUUGUCAGAUAAAUCUUUUACCGCUGUACAAGCCUUAUUAGUUAGUUUAUACAAUCUUGAGGUGGUUGACAACAAGGGGCAACCAAAAACACUAUCUUUUCGAAUUCCUAGCAUAGCUCAGUCCUCAAUCUACCAUGACUCUAACACACUUGAACCAGCAUUUAUAGCUGAAAGUUCACUGAGGCGAUGGGAGGAGUGCAACACCAAACUAGUAAGCUGGGGACCUCUACCUCAAGUUGAGACCUUGAAUGCCCAAAAUAGGCAGAGGGUGGUCACUGCAUUGCUGUUUUUAUAUAAUCAACAGUUGGCCAAUGUUUUGAUACAAGGAAUUGAAUUUACUUCUAGGGGCAUAUCUAGGUUAGUGAACCAAGGCUUUAGCUCAAUACCAACAAGUAAUAGAAGUUCCAUAGCCUCAGAGAGUAGCCUUCAAUCCAUGACAGUUUUACCAAGAAUCCAAAUAUCAGGGCCACUAUUAAUAGAGUUACUUCAUAUAGUUUAUCAUGGAGCUGUUAGAUGCGCUAAUGGAGCUGUUCAGGCCUUGCAUGAUAUCAUACAACGAGCUACAUAUGAAAGUUUAUCAGAGGUGCUAUUGGCAGCAAGUGCAUUUAAGAACCUCCUACAACAUUCACCCUCGAUAUCAGUUUCUUCUAGGCCAUCAAACACUCAUAGUGUGUCGAAGUCUAUGAUCACAAAUGCUUCAUUUAGAACAAAGAAACUACCUGACGACAUUCCUAUCCAAGAUGAUCAACAGAACCCACCUGAGGCGCCGCUUGACUCCAUCACAGAAGAACAGGAGGAAAAUGAGAAAAUAAAGAACAAAACUGUCAGCGCGUUAAAACAUUUACCAAAACUACCGGGCCUAACGAAAAAACACAAAGAGAAAAAUAAGAAUUGCGUACAGCAAGGGGACCAGCAGAACAUCGAGUUGAAUAAUUCCCAAAUCGACGGUGCUAUGGAUUUGAAUAGUGACAGUAACUAUAAUAGCGCGGUGCACGUCAGCGCCGUUUGAAGCUGUUCAAAGAUUAAAUUAAUUGGGACAGCUUCAAGGUUUCAUCAGGUCAGGUUAAUUCAUUUUUAUCAUCCAUGCGGCAGGGUCGGAUAGAGGUUGAUAUGAUGAAAACUAUUUUUAUGUUGGGCCAAAUUUUUGAAAAUAUUUAUUAAAUUAAACGGCUGAUUGAAAACGCUGUGUUCAAGGAUCAAUUUGGGGAUGCUUGACAUGUUUUUUCCCUAAGAUUGUAUAUUUUGUAAUGCAUAUGUUGUCCAACAAUUAUAAACUCAAUGGGAUGGAGACGUUAUUUGAGGUUAAUGAUAAAAGUUUCUAUUUUGUUUAUUUUUUGUCAUUCUAAACAUUGUUUCAUGGCAAAUAGUAAACUCUUUAUGAGUGGUUUUGCAAAAAUAAUAGACUUUUUACUUGUUUUAGAGGUAUUACCUAUUGAAGUAUUGAUACUAAAGAAUGUUUUUACCAAAAAUGUCCGCAUUUAUUUGAACCUUUACUAACAAGGAUUACCAUAAGUAUUUUAAAACGAAAGUUCAUUGCCUUCUCAUUAAUUAUCUUUUGAAUGAAUGCGCAUCGUUUACUUUUUUUUAAUGAAGUAUCUCAUACAUUUUUAUAUUUAAAAAUUGUAUUUAAUAAGCCUUUAAUCCACAAUCGUCGCAAAAAACUCGUACAGUCGUUAUGUCGCCAUAGGUCAGCGAGUCUGAAAAAACUUAGUGCUGACGCAACUUCGGUAGAUCACUGCUUGGUUUUCGGUUCAAGUAUAAAAUAUUCUUGGAAUCUGCAUCAUUAAUAUUAGUCCUGGGAAAGGGUUAGAUGUGCUAGAGAUCGGAACAAAAAGUAACCGUAUUCGAUGCCUUUUCCUUUAGAAGAACGUAAAAAACAUUCGCCCUUUUCUGAUAUUUUUUACCUCAUUAUUUUCGUCUUUGAUCAUGGUUUUUAUUGCCUCUUUACAUCUUCAUAUUUUUUUAAAUAUAUAGAACUUGUUCAAGAGUUUCCUAUAAAGAUAUAGUAUAAAAAAUAUAAAGACUUACAAAUUUUGGAAAUAUAAUAAUAUAUAUUUUUAGUUGCAGGUGAUUGCUCUUUCCCAACCGGAGGGGAAAAAUGCAAUCGCAUAUAAAAUAAGAAGUUAAAUCGUAUUAUAAAAAAGAACGGGAAAGAGCAUCAUAUUUCUAGUAAGCUUAAAAAAUCGGAAUAAAUUAUAUUUUUGAUAUAUCUUUAAUAUAAAAUGCGUACCAUCAGAAAAAAGAAAACAAUAUUUUUAAAUUCAAGCAUAUUUUUUAUUUAAACCAAAGGAAUGUAACAAAUAAGUGGAAAUUUGAGAAAAAGUACAAAAAAAACCAAAUCCAUAUCGCAAUUUAGUUAAGUAAAAACGUAAAAUGGAGAAAAAGUGUAAAGCCCCCGUCUGACCACCGGUCUAUUUAAACUUUCCAAAACUUCACACUUAUACACCACGGAUUUGUCUUCUACGUCUGGGAAAAUAAAAGUAUUUUUGGGAUAUUUUUGCCCUACAGCAGCUUUUAUAAAUGAACAGUCAGUCAUACAUUUUAAAUGGCUCAAUUAUUUCGGUCUCUAAGCCAACGUAUAUUUUCUCACAACUUCGAGAUUUGAAUGCCACUUUUAUGUAUGUGCCUACAACUAGAUCUUUAGGCUGAUCCUUAUCUGAUAGGUUUUUUAAUUCGCUCAAAGGUAUGUUUUCUGAGCCAUCAGAUUCUUCAGUAAUUUCCUGUACAUCACAAAAUCUUGAGAGGCUUUCUCUGGAACUAUUGACAAAUUUAUGUCAUCCUCAGUGUCAAUAUAUGUUGGCUCUUCGUAAUCUGAAGAUUCAGAACUUGAACUUAUCUUCCUGUUUUUUUAGGUUUCCAUUUGUUCAUUCCACUAGUGCUUGGAACAUCGUUUUGCUCGAUAACGACUUUCGUAGUUUUGCUUUCAAGCAUUGUGUGUGCCACUGUAGCAGUUAAAACUUCAGCACCUGCUGACAUUUUUUUUCGCGGUCUAAUCGCUUGAGGAUUUUCCGAUUUAUUCAAUCGUAUUGUAUCCAAUAAAAUAAUUUUAAAACAUAGGUCACUUUGCUCCGGUGUCUUUUCGGUUAUAAUGUCUGUAGGUUUAUCUGAUACUGAUGGCUUAUUAUUGUUUUGAUGCUGAAAUUGUUGGUAUUUUAACCAUAUAUCACGAUCAUACGUGUCAGGGGUUAUAACAUUCCUAUUAUAUGGUAAAAUUCCUCCUUUUCGAAAUCCGCUUUUAAUAAUGUUUGUUUCCAAAUUGGCCCAAAUCUUUCCAAAGAGAAGUGCAAACUCCCGUUUUGAAACACGCCUUCCUGGAUUUUUUCGUUGCCAAACACACAAACUUUCAUCCCAAGAUACUUUAACUGAUUUAAAAACAGAAAGGUCUAGGGGUUGCAACAAAUGACUUGUAUGGGCUGGUAAUUUUUAAAUUUCAAUAUUUUGAGUUUUUGCAAACUGUACAACUUCUUCGGUAAUUUGGGUGGCAUGUCCGUCGUAUAUCAGCAGGAUAGGUCUCUAUUCAGUAAAUGUGGUAACCAAAUUAUUCUUUAAAAAGUUAAAUAAAGAUUUCGUAGUUUAUCCAGCCAUUUUUACUAGCAGCAAAAGUCAUGUUGGGGCAUUUAUUAUUCGUACUUACAGGAAUCCAAUUGGACCAUAAGUUUAAGCCCUUAAAAAUUACUAAAGGUGGUGCCUUUUCACCACUAGCAUUAGCAGCUACCAAACACGUGAAGUUUUCUUUUCCCUGUACCUCCAGUAAUUCUAGACGACGGUUUUCCCUUUUCUCCUACAACUUUCGUUUUACUAGGAUGUGUACAUAUACUCGUUUCAUCCAAAUUCCAUAUGAGGUGUGGUUUGUCAGCCAAAUUUAACCGUUGAAGGGUUCCCUCAAGUAAAUUGAAAUAUUCAUUUAUAAUAAACGGAUCGGUUUGCUUUUUUCGAAUGUAUUCAACCGACUGCGGUUUUUUUAUUGCUAGAUGAAGACGCCGUCUAAAAAGAAUAAACCAGUUUUUGCCAGGACGUCCGUUUUAAAGGGUGUUUGAAUUUCACUCCGAUUCACAUACUGUUAAAUGACGUCCAAAAGCUCCUUUCGUGAAAGACCAAAACCACUUUUUUUCUAGAGUUUUUAGAUACUCGACUAGCAAUUCUUCAUUCUCUUUUUUUAACGCUGGACAACACCCUUUAGUUUGGCUUUUUUUGCCACGACGACCAGACAGAUAGCACUGUAAAGUACUGUAUGGAAUAGAGUAUCUUUUUGAGGCAGCUCUUAAACUUAAUAGGUUGGAGUUUAUGCUCGCAGCCGCAAUAGCUUCUUUUGUAUUAUAACCUGUUUCUCGUUGUGUCUUUCUUUUAUAGCUUCUAACCAUCUAAAACCAAAAAACACCCAUCGAGAAAGUGCAACCUAAUGAUUGCACUUUCCCUACAAUAUGUGGUUGCACUUGCCCCACGGUCGAUUUUCGACGAGGCAAGUGCAAUCAUGUAAACAAACAAAAAAUAAUUGGCGAUACUUAUUUAAAACAAUACAAUUCAUAAAUAAUACCCUUAUACCCUAUUAUUUCACCUAAAAUAAAAUACUUACCUUCAGUUUUUCGGCAAAAGCCAGGAAAUUAAAAAUACACGUGCUUCGCGUUAAUGCAGUCUCUCGCGCUUAGCUUGAAACUAAAACGUAUAAACAAUAGAUGCAUUACUGUAAAGAUUCGGUCUUUAUGAUGAGCUUUUAGGUUCACGUUAGGAAUAAGAUGGCGCUGGUUUUACUGGUUGAAAUAUACUAGCUUUGUGUGUGUCUUGCGUGGUGGCAUUUUCCCGCUUUUUGCACUUACCCCACCUUACCUUAUAUGUUUUUAACAAUGUUGAAAGAACACAAUUCUUGCUUAAUAGAAUUUUUGUCAGUUUAAGUUUAAAAGUUAACAAGGAAUUAAUUUCUCUUUAGGUUGUUGCUAGAUUUUAUUGUUGAUAUAUUAUAGACUUUUUAACAAGAGUUAUGUGAGGAUUAGGAGUCGGUAUGCAGCCUCUCUGUCUUAUAAAAUGUGUUCCAUUUGGUGUAACAGCCAGGCCAAAUUUUUUAUGUAAUAAACAGGAUGUUGCAAGGAUAAAGAUAGAGAUUACAGUUAAUAGGCUAUGUCUCCUAAAUAAGAGUUUACAAGAUUCCCUAGGAUCUGCAUCAUACAAUCUCCUGACAACCCUUUUUUGCAGAAUAAAUUCUGAUUGGAACAAAUUCUGAUAGGCACAGUCUUAUUAGGCGACUUAAUUAUUGGAAAAGUAAGCCAAAAGAACAGUUGUAAAAUCCAAGUGUCUUGAGACCAUGCCUAAUGUAUAACAACCUAAGGAUAACUUAUUAGUAGCGCUUAUAGGGAAGUAUGGUUUUUAAAAGUUAAGUUAUUAUCAAUAAAAAGUCCAAGGAACGUGGAAACAUCACUGCAAGCUAUUUCAUUACUGUCAAAUUUUAUUGGCUCUGAGAUAUGGUAAAAACGAAGGUUAAAUUUGAAGCAGAGAUAGUUGUCAUGAGACCUAUUAUGGUGAAUUAUUUCAGGAAUUUAAAUUACCGUGAAACGGGAUUAAAUUGAUCAUUUCGUUUGUAAAUUUGCUUGUAACUCUUUAAAGUUGUUUAAAAAAAUGCCAAAAUAAGGUGUGAUCAAUUUCAUACCAAAAGGAGGGUUACUUUGAUCAGUGCCAUAUAAUUGUAUUCUUCUUGCAAUGCCUUAAAAUGCAUUAUGAACAAUUUAACCCCCGCUUAAGUUCAUCAAUCCGUUUAAAAGUUACAGAUAAUUCUAGGUUUUGGGGUCAAAUUGAUCAGUCAUAAAAUUCCACUAAUUGGUUAUUUUUUUAGGUAAAAUAAAAAAGAAACAUUGGAGUUUUUUAAUACUUUAUUAAAAACACUUGUUUAAAAGUACAAAAACUUAUAAAAGACAUUCAAAAAGUAAAGAAACAAAUCUUUAAUUAAUAGAUAGAAGCAGUAAUGCGUAUAAGGAUUUACAUCUCCUUAAUAUCUACUGCUUUUUUGAAUUGAUAAAUGAUUUGACCUUUGACGCAUUCAGCGGCAGGUUCUGACAAAAUAGCAAUUAUAUCUGCCAACUCUAUGGAAUACUCGUCGCCUUCUUGUGGUUUAAAAACAGUUUUUCUUCCAUCGACAGAUUUUAGUCCUAGAACUUCGAAUUCGUUUUCAUUGAAAUGUUGUAGCUGUAGAAUGUAACGAUAGCUAACACUUUUUCGCAUGCCCCUCAACACUUUAACCAAUAAAAAUGUCCCAAUCUUGAUCUCACUUUGACUCACUUCCAAAUAUUCAAUUUCUUCGUUUUCCUGCAACUGGAUAAAUAGAUCGUCGGCGGUCAUGUCAUCGUCCGAAUUAUCAUUUGUUAUAGGCUCUUCAACGUCGCUCUCUGAACUGUUGGAAUCAUUUUGGGCUGUCACACUUUUCCCUGGCUGAACAUCAAGUUUUGUUCUCUUCUUAGUUCGUCUUGUUGGAGCAUUUGAAAAUCUCUGUUGUUGUAAGUAAUUUACCAACACGUUCUGCGCUUGGUCUUGAUUAAAAUCUUCUCUAGGCAGCUUGUCUAAUACUCGGUUUAGAUUUAAAGGGACUAUGCCUCUUGCUUCAAAAGAAGAAAUAAGAUUUCGUUUAACCGCAUGAGGUAUUUUAUCUUUGGAUAGUUUACUAUCCAUUGUCACCAAGGUUUUUUGCAACAAAUGUGGGAAAUCCUUUUUGUCAAUUGAUGAAUGUGUCGGAUACGUAUUCUUCCAUUCUAGCAAGACUUCUCUCCAGGCCAUUUUAAAUGGCCUGAAAAACCCUACGUCCAACGGCUGACAUAAAUGUGUCGCGUUCUUUGGCAGGCAUACAAAUCCAAUGUUAUGUUCUUCACACAGUCUAAUAAUUUCUUCUGUGAAAUGUGAGGCUAAGUUAUCGCCUAUUAGAAUUUUUCGCCCUUGCUGUCUUUUGCCAUGUGGAAGAAACGCAGACUUAAACCAGUCAUUAAAAGCGGCGUCUAUCCACCCAUGUGACGUUCGGUUGUAUCGUGAUCCAGCUGCACAGCAUCUAUCUAUGCAACAGGCUUCUAAUUUUGGUCCUUGUUCAGUCCACUGCGCCCACAUUUUUUCUGUUCGAUAAAUUACAUAUGGUGGCAAAAGAACUCCUGCUGCAGAACCACACAUCAUCACUGAGGUUGCAGAUUUAGUGAAAUUGCACACUCGUUCAGGGUAUUUUACUCCACGGGAAUAUAUUAGGUUUUUGCGCCCAGGGUCGUCAAGCAAAUUAGUUUCAUCAUAAUUAUAUACGUUGCACGACGGAAUACCAUUUAAAGUUGUUUUAAGGUUUUCAAAAUAUUCAGUUAAUGUUUGCCUGCAAACAUUAGCACGAGCACUUUUGAUAUGAGCUGCAAGCCUUUGAGUUAUUACAUUGUUAUGUCUUUUUAACAGCGAAAAUACCUAAUCGGUACCGGGUAAAUUGUCCUUAAAUUUUGCUACUGAACGACCUUGGGGAUCUAGCAGGUUUUUUGCCAUAUGCCUUAAAUCUGUUAAAUUAAACCGAUUCGCCACAAAUAGCAACACAUUUAAGAAUUGAUUGCUUUUCAUUGGAGCUAAAAACGAUUUGCCCGCCGUUACUUUUAACAUGACGCCCAUGGUAUCUAUUAUUUAAGGUCCCGUAAGAAAUCUUGAACCAUUUUGCAGGUUUGCCUAAACUCCACCCUUCAUUUCUGACCUUUUCUAACGCUUUUUCUAUGGACUCUUGACUGUAGUCUUUGUACCUUCGUGCCCCAACUUUUCUCUUAUAAACUCUCGGCAUUAUGUCAAUAUUCUAAAACCAAAAAUAUUAUUAUUACUAGUAGUACUAUACCCUUAAAAUUAUAUAAGCUUUACAAUCUGCUGAUCAAUUUCACCCCAUUCAGUUGAUCAAUUUGACCCCAUCCGAUAAAUCUUAGACGCCGCAAACUUCAUUUUGAGGUUAUAAAAAUACAAGAUAUUCAGGAUACUAAAUAUAUCACGCAUAUAUCCACAAUUUGCAUGUAUUUUUAAAUAGCAGUCAAAUUUUGGAAGGUUAUAUUUUUGUCUAAAUAUUACUUACAUGGUUGAGAGCCGCAAACUCCAAAAAAACGUUUAACUGACAAAAAACAUGCACAUGGAUCACUAGCUACACCAUUACUGAAUACGAUUUUUUACCGAACGGAAAAAAUCGGCACUUAAUAUGCGCGGGAAAUUUAAAUGUAAAAUAUUUUGAUAUGGUGAUCAAAGUCGCCCCGCGAAAUCAAAUUCACCCCAUAUCACGGUACUAAAAAGUUACUUACAGACACUUAAGCUAACUUAACUUUUUGUUGAAAUAAACAUGGUGUUCGAGAGGUCUAAUGUCUUAAGGUAGGCUUAAUUCCACUUUAUUUUGAAAGAAUGGAGAAAGGAAGGAUAUCGGACGGUAGUUGGCAAGUUUGUCAAUAUUGGCACCUUUACAAAUAGAAAUUAUGAAUACAUUGGCAUUGAUUGAUCAUGACAAGCAUUAUCAGGUGGAUUUUGUAGUCUCGAAUAAAUUUUGAUGUACUACAUACUUUUGAUAUGAGAACAGAGCUAUCUUUCUUUUUUAGCCAAAAAUACACAGGAUGCGCAAAUUCAAAAGAUAAUAGAGGAGAAGACUAUCUACUUUCGUUUAAGUUUCUUUCUAAUAUUCAUUGUACCCCGGCUGCAAAUAUGCAAAAUAACCACAUGGUAUAAUCAAAAGGUUAAGGCGUUAUUUUAUUUCAAUCGUUAAUAUCAUGCUAAAUAUAGAAACUUCAUAUGUCAUUCAUCAAAAUCAAUAUUUUUAACUUAGAAAAAACUAUUCUAGUCGUGGUGAUCAUAAAUUGUAUCGAAAGUUAUAUACUAAUAAUAAUAUAUAGGUGUAUUACAUAUUUUAUAAAUAUUAUAUCGGCUGCACGGUACUUUAUAGAAGAUCUGUCUGUAUAUACUCAUAGUACAUCAAAAAAAAAUUAAAUAAAACUUAUUUUUCGACAGAAGUAACUUAUUGUACUACUUUAGGGGCCCUCUUUUACCUAAACCAUUUUAGUCCAAGUGUAAAUGUACUUUAAGGGAUAGGAGUUAUUUUUUAUUAAAUCUUAUAUAUAUCCACGCCUAUCUCCUGUUAAUAUAAUAGGACUAUACUUUUAUUGUGAUAUGUAUAAAGUUAGAAGAUGAGUUGUUAAUUCUUUAUUAAUAAAAAUCUGUCAAAAGCAUCCAUUCAUUAGAGGCCAAAAUGCUCGCACAAACGUGUUAGACUGAAACCAUUUCAGUUGCUUGUGACAUCCAUGACAAGACGUCGCUUUUGACAGAUUUUUCAACGUUUUUAUAUAUGAUAAUGUUAUGGACAAUAUUUGUAGGUUCGAUUGAGUGAAACUUCUACUAAAUCCAUUUGCGAUACGUUUAUUUCAAGCUGUCACUAAUAAAUAAUAUGUAAAAAAUAUAAUUCGAAAUUUAAUCAUAUAAUCUAUGUAUUUACAGCGUUUCGAAAUAUCUUAGACUAUUGAUAGAUUUAGCCAUUUGUUUGCUCUAAUAUAAGCCAGUUUAUUGUUAGCCACCGUAAGCACGUUUUUCCGGCAACAUUGGUCGCUUAUUUUUUAUCGAUAUUAUGGUGGCGUGUUAUUUUAAAGGGAGUAAAUGUACUAGAUUAGACGAAAUAUAAUAACACUGUUAACUGAUUUAGGUUUAAGGUCUGGUUUUGUUAUAACGUUGAAUAAAACAACCUUUGAACGAG